CUCCUCAAGAUCUGGUUCCAAAACCCACGUGGUCCUCUGGGGCUCUUCAUGGCCUCCACGUGUCGAAUAUCUACGACUUCACGGGUGUUUACGUAAUUUCGGCGUGCCCUUUUGGCUUUCGAGCUAAAAUGACUUUUUCUGCUUUCAAUUAUUAUUCUAAUGUUUUUUGUUUUGUUUUUUUUUCUCUUUCUCUGUGAAGUUUGUUGUCUCUCAUUGCCGUGUUUGUUUUCUGGGAAACUGAGAGAAAAUGUAGAGUUUCUAAUUCUGGACUCGCGGAAGCAAUGUUGGAAUUGGUUUCUGAUGAUAAACGUGGAGCUCAUUAGCUCUUCUCUGCUUUGUUGUCCACGUUUUUUGUUUUAAAAACAAAUUUCUAUUGGCAAAAAGCUUUCUCUCGUCUAAUUGUCCCGGAAAAUCCUGCUGAGAUUCUACUUUGCCAUCAAGUUUGCUCAUUUGGGUCUGUGUAAAUUUGAUCGAUUUACUCCUAGUGUUUGCUAUUUUUUUAUUUUAUUUUUUUCAUGGGACAAGCUGAGGAUAUUGGAAGCAGAGACCUCCAACAAAUGUCCAUGCAAAUGAGCAAUCUUCCGAGAGAUCUGUCGCGGAAACUUGUCUCUGGGAACCAUUUUCCUCGAAAAUUCGAAGAACCAAGAGAAGAUAUGGAGGAGCUUGAGCUAAGCCUCGGGCUCUCAUUGAAUGGCCGGUUUGGUGUAGACCCUUUAAGAGCCCAGCACCUCAUAAGGUCGUCCUCGAUACCGGACUUUGCGAACCCGGGGAGAAACAAAGACGCGGCGUGUGUGGUGCCUAUGGCUUGCGCACCGCUCAUAAGGACCUGUUCUUUGCCUACGGAGACAGAGGAGUGGAGGAAGAGGAAGGAGUUGCAGACACUGAGGAGAAUGGAGGCGAAGCGGAAGCGGUCAGAGAAGCAGAAGAAUUCGAAGGCGGGGAGGGAUCGGAACCGGGAUAUUUGUGUGGAAGAGGGCUGUGAGGAGGAUAGGAAGGUGGAGAGUGGGGAUGGGAAUUGUCAGAAAGAGCAGCGUGUGAAGGUAUUGAAUGAGUUUUUGUGCUCGGUGGCGCCGACUCGGGGGGUUUCUGGUGGUAGAGGAGGUUGUGGUGUUGAAUUUAAUGGUGAAAAUGGGAAUGGGUUGGAUUGUGGUGAUCUGGAGGAGGUACCACAACCACCACCAUUAUCACAGGGGUCAAUUGGUUCCCAAGGAAGUGGGUCUUCUGGGAUUUCGGAAUCUGAUAGCCAGCCAGCUCUAGCAAGAAUGAACAAAUGCGUAGAAGCGAGAAAUCCUCAGUCUUCACCAGAAUGUGAGCAGAAACCAGCAGUCUACACCGGGACGACGAUCAAUGGAAAAUCAAACAAGUUUGCUGCAGUGGUGGCACAGAAUCAGUCUAAUAAACCAAGGGAUGCUGACAAGGGAGCUAAGGAUAUUGUGAGGAAUGUGUUGGAAGGUAUGCCUAGCGUGUCUACGAGGGGUGACGGCCCCAAUGGGAAAAGGAUAGAAGGUUUUCUUUACAGAUAUAGGAAGGGUGAGGAAGUGAGGAUAGUGUGUGUUUGUCACGGCAACUUUCUAUCUCCUGCCGAGUUUGUCAAGCAUGCUGGUGGCGGUGAUGUGGCACACCCCCUAAAACAUAUAGUAGUUAACCCUACUCCCUUUUUGUAACAACAAAGAAAAGGAUCGAUUUUCUCUUCCAUGUUUUUUGUUUUGAGUUUUUCUUGCGUUCUAAUGGUCUGGGCAGUGUAUUCUAGUGUAUUGUAUUCAGUACAUGAACCUGCUUCUUCAAAAGGUGAAGAUGGUUAUAGAACAUAUGAAUUUCAUCUGUAUUUUAUUAUGAGAAAUGGAUUUGGGAAAUAC